AUGCGGCUAUCAUUGGCGUGGUGUUCAACCCUGCUAACUGCGUUAGCAUCGGCACAGAAGGCGCCGAUCCAGGCGCGAAGAAGCUCGAGUGAUGCCUCGCUGGUAUUCAAGAUCCUUCAGCUAGCCGACGUCCAUAUCACUGGUGACCCCAACGUCGGCUGCGGCAAGAGUGUACCGUCGGGAACGGAAUGUUCUGAAGCGCUGACCUACGAGUUCAUCGAGCAGCUAGUCGACCUGGAAGCCCCCGACUUCAUCGCGUUCACUGGAGACAACGUGCAGGCGUGGACCCCGAGCUUGCAACAACGAGCUAUUGACGCUGUAACCAAAACCGCUGAAGAACGCGGCAUUCCGUACGGGAUGGUGUUCGGGAACCAUGACGAGGAAGGAGGCUUCCCGAGAGCGAAGAUCGUGGAAAUGGUGUCAGAGAAGAACCACUCGUACACGGAGAGUGGACCCGAAGACGUCGAUGGUAUUGGCAACUACAUGCUUAACGUGACGGCACCUAUUGCAGGUCCUUGGGGAGAGGCCGGGGACUCAGUGCUCCGGAUGUACUUCCUGGACUCGGGGGCACACGCUCUGACAAAGACGUUCCCGUACGUGUUUGCGGAGUACGAUUGGAUCAAGCCGAGUCAGAUCGACUACUACCGUCAGCUAUCGGAAACCGGACGCUCAGCGAAGCAUAGCAGCUCGAAGACUGUCCUGCCUGCUCUCAUGUUCUUCCACAUCCCGCUCAUAGAGUUUACGAACUCUGGCGGAGAGUGCAAUGGCGAGAAGAACGAGGUGGUGCACGGACAAGGCAUGAACAUGCGCUUACUACGGACUCUGUCCGAGAUGAACGAGGUCAAGGCGGCAUUCGUGGGUCACGACCACCUGAACGAGUACUGCUGUCUAGUGGAUGGUGUACAGCUCUGCUAUGGCGGUGGUGCUGGCUUCGGGCGAGCGUAUGGUGACGCGAAGUUUGCUCGGCGAGCUCGCGUGAUCGAAUGGACUGUUGAUGGCAGUGAGCGCCAUGAAAUUCGCAGCUGGAAGCGGCACUACGGUGAUACCAACGUCAAGCGCAGCGAGGAAGUGCUGUAUUCAGAGCUAUAG